CCCGGGCAGUUGGCUCGGCGGCGGCGAAGCGGCAGGAGCGGCGGCAGCAGCGGGGCCGCGCGGCGGGGCGCGGGGAGCGGCGGCGGCCGAGCCGGAGCAACAUGGCGCCGGUGGGCGGGGGCGGGCGCCCGGGCGGCGGGCCGGCCCGAGGGCGCCUCCUCCUGGCGGCGCUGCUGCUGCUGGUGCUGAUGUGGGCGCGGGGGGCCCGGGGCCAGGGCGACCCCCAGCGGGGCGCCAUCCUGGGCAUGAGGCUGGCGAGCUGCAACAAAUCGUGUGGGAUGAACGCGGAUGGCAUCAUCUUCGUGUCCGAAGGCAGCACGGUGAACCUGAGGCUGUACGGCCAGAGGCUGGGCUCCAUCUCCAGCAACCUGAUCUCCUUCACCGAGGUGGACAACUCCGAGGCCAUCCACAACUCCACCAACUGUCCCGAGCUCACCAAGGACCUGGUCGUCCAGCAGCUGGUCAACGUGAGCCGCGGGAACACGUCCGGGAUGCUGGUGGUGCUCACUAAGUUCCUCCGGAGGAGCGAGAACAUGAAGCUGUAUGCGUUGUGCACCCGGGCCGGGGUGGAUGGGCCCUGGCAGAGGUGGACCGAUAAGGACUCGCUGCUCUUCAUGGUGGAGGAGGCUGGGAGGUUCCUGCCCCUCUGGCUGCACAUCCUCCUCAUUAUGGUGCUGCUGAUGCUGUCGGGCAUAUUUUCUGGCCUCAACCUGGGGCUUAUGGCCCUGGACCCCAUGGAGCUGCGCAUCGUGCAGAACUGUGGCACCCAGAAGGAGAGGCGCUAUGCCCGCAAGAUCGAGCCCAUCCGGCGCAAGGGCAACUACUUACUCUGCUCGCUGCUUCUGGGAAACGUGCUGGUCAACACGUCCCUCACCAUCCUUCUAGACAACCUCAUCGGGUCUGGGCUCAUGGCGGUGGCCUCUUCCACCAUUGGCAUUGUCAUCUUUGGGGAGAUCGUACCUCAGGCCUUGUGCUCCCGACACGGCCUGGCUGUGGGUGCCAACACUAUCAUUCUCACCAAAUUCUUUAUGCUAGUCACCUUCCCCCUCAGUUUCCCCAUCAGCAAGCUCCUGGAUUUUGUUUUGGGCCAGGAGAUUCGCACCGUUUACAACCGGGAGAAGCUGAUGGAGAUGUUGAAGGUAACGGAGCCCUAUAACGACCUGGUGAAAGAGGAGCUAAAUAUGAUCCAGGGUGCCCUGGAGCUACGGACCAAAACCGUGGAGGAUAUCAUGACCCAGCUCCAAGACUGCUUCAUGAUCCGCAGCGAUGCCAUUCUGGACUUCAAUACCAUGUCAGAGAUCAUGGAGAGCGGCUAUACCCGCAUCCCCGUGUUUGAAGACGAGCAGUCCAAUAUUGUAGAUAUUCUCUAUGUCAAAGACUUGGCCUUCGUGGACCCUGAUGACUGCACCCCCCUCAAGACCAUCACCCGCUUCUAUAACCACCCAGUGCAUUUCGUCUUCCAUGACACCAAGUUGGAUGCCAUGCUGGAGGAGUUCAAGAAGGGGAAGUCCCACCUGGCCAUCGUGCAGAAGGUGAACAACGAGGGUGAAGGUGACCCCUUCUACGAGGUGCUGGGCCUGGUCACGCUGGAAGACGUCAUUGAGGAGAUCAUCAAGUCUGAGAUCCUGGACGAGUCGGAUAUGUACACUGACAACCGAAGCCGGAAACGAGUAUCUGAGAAGAACAAACGUGACUUCUCAGCCUUCAAAGAUGCUGACAAUGAGCUCAAGGUGAAAAUUUCACCUCAGCUACUUCUGGCUGCUCAUCGCUUCCUGGCCACGGAGGUUCCCCAGUUCAGCCCCUCUCUGAUAUCAGAGAAAAUCCUGCUUCGGCUGCUCAAGUACCCAGAUGUCAUUCAGGAACUCAAGUUUGACGAGCACAACAAAUACUACAUCCGCCAUUACCUGUACACCCGAAAUAAGCCGGCCGACUACUUCAUCCUCAUCCUGCAGGGGAAGGUGGAGGUGGAGGCCGGGAAGGAGAACAUGAAGUUUGAGACAGGCGCCUUCUCCUACUAUGGGACCAUGGCCCUGUCCUCGCCCACCUCUGUGCCUUCAACCCAGGUCGGGUGUCCGCCUGGCAAGCGGAACUCCCUGCUCUCCUGGCUCUCAGGCUUUGCUCUUCAUUCUGUUGCUGCUGGUGUCUGCCUGCCAGGGGGAGGCAGCCGCCGGGCAUCAGAAGUGCGGCCCCGGGCAGAUGGCCCCGUGUGAAUGCUGUCUCUGCACUUGGCUAGCUAAAAUGCUUCCGGGAGCUGACUUCCUCUCAGUCUUUCAUUCCCUCUUGUGUAAUGGGAACAAUAGAUGUGCCCACUUCUUAGAAUUGUCAGGAGCAGUGAGAGACUGGGUAUGAAAUGUUCGGGUAGAGCUCAGUUUUUAUUCCUGUUUUUCUCUCGAUUACAACUAAACUGUGACAUUCCAGUCAGAAAGUAUUGAGGAAAAGGCCCAAUGCCACAUGCUGUUUCUGGCCUUUGAUACGUCACACUCCUGAGCCUUAGCCCAGGAUUGCUGGUAACUGUGUUGGUUGGCUCCGUUCACGGGACUCCCGUCCCACUUAAUGGAGGUGGCAGGGGGUAGCAAAAGGUGCUGGUCUCCCCAUCAGAAUUCUGGCCUGGCCUGGUGAGCCCUGAGGAGGUUAAGUGCAUUUAUAAGUGCCUUUGAGCUCCAGUCUCGGUGUGUAACUUAAAGAAGCUCCUGGGGCCCCAACAGUCCUAAACACCUAUCACCAGAGUCCAUCAUUUCCCAUUUUAUAUUCGUAGAGCUGGCUUUUUUUCUCCCUCUCCAUUGUACCAAAGCACACUUUUCUCUCGAUUCUCUUUAAAAAAAAAAAAAAAAAAAGUGAAAAGGUGACUUAGAAGUCACUCGUCCCUUUCAAACAGCCAGCUUUUGGUUGUGAUAGGAAGUGGGAAGCUGCUGGGGCGCCUGGGUGGCUCAGUUGGUUAAGCGACUGCCUUCGGCUCAGGUCAUGAUCCUGGAGUCCCGGGAUUGAGUCCCGCAUCGGGCUCCCUGCUCAGCGGGAGUCUGCUUCUCCCUCUCCCGCCUCUUGUGCUCUCUCUCUCUCUCACUCUCUCUUUCAAAUAAAUAAAAUCUUAAAAAAAAAAAAAAAAAAAAAAGGAAGUGGGAAGCUGCUAACGGCCUUUGAGUGGAUGACCUCUGUGGACCAUGCUGGUCUUCCUUGGCCAACACCGCAGCCCCCUUCUCUCUUCUGCGCUUGCUCUUGUUUCAUGGUGGCCAGGAGUUAAUGCAUCCAUGGCUUGGACCCUGCUGUUUUUACCUAAUACAGGCGCAGAGAUGCUUUUCCAUCAGCUUUCUGGUUGGAGCCACAGUGUUCCGCCAAGCACACGUGCCUUCAUUCGCUAUCCCCCCUUAUGGACAGUCUUUGGGGUCUGUGUUCUAAAUAACACCGUGACGUAAACCUCUUUACGAAAAAACUUUAUCUGUGCUUAAGAUUGUGUCCAUAGGAUAGCCUUUCAGAAAUAGAAUCACCAAGGCAUUUUUUACACAUUGAUUAUUCUGUUUUAUUUUAUUUUUUUAAGGUUUAAAUUCAUUAAUUUUUUAUUUUUUUGAGAGCGCGAGUGAGCGAGCGCAGGGGAGGGGCGGAGGGGGAGAGAGAAUCUUGAGCAGGCUCCAUAUCCAGUGUGGAGCCCAACGCUGGGCUCGAUCUCAUGACCCUGAGAUCAUGAUCUGAGCCGAAAUCACGAGUCAGAUGCUUAACCAUUGAGCCACCAGGGCGCCCCGGAUUUUAUUUUUAAGUAAUCUCCACACCCAGUGUGGGGCUCAAACUCACAACCUGGAGAUCAAGAGUCACACGCUCCACAGCCUAAGCCAACGAGGCUCCCCUCAUUGUUCUGUUUCAAUCAUAAAAGCAAUAUAGCUUAUUUAGAAAAUUGAGAAAAGGGGAAAAAGUCUUAAGAAAAUUAAGAAGUAUUGGGGUGCCUGGGUGGCGGAGUUGGUUAAGUGACCAACUCUUGGUUUCAGCUCAGGUCAUGAUCUCAGAGUCCUGGGAUCAAGGUCUGCGUUGGGCUCUGCGCUCAGUGUGAGUCUGCUUGAGAUUCUCUCCCUCUGCCCCUCCUGCUAGCGAUGUCUCUCUCUCCAUCUAAAAUAAAUAAAACUUUAAAAAAAAAAAAGAAAAUUAAGAAGUAUCAUAAUUUCAUUAUUCAGAAACAAAGGUUUCGUCUUUGGGUGUAUUUCUUUUUAGGGCCUCUAUUUUUAAAAGACCAUGUCACUAAUUUGUGUUGUUUCUAAAUUCAAUUUCUGGAGUGUUAAUAAGCAUUAAUUAAAAGCAUUCCAUCAUCUUCCAAAUGAUUAAUGUGAAAUAUUAGGUAAUAGCCAUAGUAUUUGUGUUUCUUUUCUAGAACUUCAUCAAAGGUGUUACUUGAGUUAGGAUAAGUGACACACGCACAUGAUCCUCUUAAUGAUUGUACACUGCCCAAUAAUAGACUAUCCAGACUAUAUUUUCCUAGUUUUAGGAAGGAAACUCAAAGACAGGGUAUUACUGAGUUCAAUCUCAGUUAAAGCUGUAUUGGUCACUCAGUCACCCAGAUUCAUUAUGUUAGCUCUCUUCGGAGAUGUUUGUUAAAAUAGCUAACUUAGUAGUUAGUUAGUAACUUAGUGCUCAACUAAGUAAAUAAGCUUAGUCCACUUCCUGUUUGCUUAAAAGAAGCCAGCAUGCCUUCACAAUUAACUUCUUGUGUAUUUCAUUGUUUUCUAAGUGUUCUCAAAAAUAAGAGCUAAUGAUGCACAGUAUGUGUACAGUUCCUUUCUGAAAAUAAGGAGUCUGCUCCUUCCUCAUUUGCGAUUGAGUCUUCCCCUGUUCCUGACAAGGGGCUGCAGGAGGCCUUGUUGCCCCUGGGGGAGGAGGCACCUCCACCACCACCCCAGACUUUGCCUCAGGGCAGGGGGACUUGGACCAGGCUGGAGGAGACAGCAGUGUGGGAGGCCUGGAGCUCUGGGAGCACAAGGCUCCUGGGAGAGGGACCGGCUGCCCCUGUCCCCCUUGUCAGACUGACGGGGGGUGGGGGGGGCAGCAGACACACGUGGGCAGGUCUGUUCCACAUAGAACAGGUCUUGUGCAGGGGCGCCCGGGUGGCUCAGUUGGUUAAGCAACUGCCUUCGGCUCAGGUCAUGAUCCUGGAGUCCCGGGAUCGAGUCCCGCAUCGGGCUCCCUGCUCGGCAGGGAUCCUGCUUCUGCCUCUGACCUCCCCCCUCUCAUGUGCUUGCUCUCUCUCAUUCUCUCUCUCUCAAAUAAAUAAAAUCUUAAAAAAAAAAAAAAAAAGAACAGGUCUUGUGCAGAACACACUUUUGACCUCUUGAAAGCAAGUUAAGAUGUGAAAAGGGCGUCAUGUUGAGAGGUCUGUGUGGAUGCGUUGUGAGAGGAUACAAGCUGUACGUUCUUCCUUUUAAUGUAAUUGACACGUAUGCAGCAUAUGUCCCUUGAUAACAAGCUGCUGUGGAGACAGGGACAGUGCCUGGUCUCCCGUGGAGGGGUAAUCACUGUGUUGCCCUUGACUGAUGACUUGUUGGGACAUGAGGGCUUCUGUAGACCUAAAUUUUGUGUUUUUGUUUUCUGCUUUGGUAGGCUUGUUAAUACUGCACAACACCUCUAAACAAACUAACUCAUUUGCUUUGAUGAGGUCAGACCUUCUGCAGUUGCAGCUUGUUUGUCCUUAAGAACUGUUCCAUUCCAGUGGGGGCCCCGCUCCCACGUGUCCACGGGACAGGUUAGACAAGAGGCUUUGAGGGGCACCGGGGGCUCCUGGCCUGACCGUG